CCGCCGCGGCUGGAGCCUGGGCGCGCUGCAGCCGCUGCUCCGCGGGCAUGACCGCGGCAGCGCCCCGCCGGCGCCGCGGAGCCAGAAAAUGAAGCCCAUAGUCCAAAGAAGACGAUCUGCCCCUUCUGCCAUUACUAAAGCUCUCAGCAAGUCAAAAUACCAUCCCAGGGAAGCUACCUUUGCCCCUUCCCAUUCAGAUGAUGGGCUGCUGAGUGGGCUGUGCAGCAGCCCAGGCUCUACUUUCAUCCUGGACGAGCGAGUACAGCUAACCAUAGGCCUGCAGACCCAAGAGAGACACUUGAUUUUGUUAAGUGAUGCACUGAUCAUCGCCAAGUCCAAAUCAUCCUCCAGCUUGAAGCUCAAAAAGCAAGUGCACCUGAGUGAAAUAUGGACCAGCACCUGUCUCAGCGAAGUAACGGAGAAAAAGACAAGUCCUGAGAAUUCAUUUGUCAUUGGCUGGCCUACCAUCAACUAUGUUGUCACCUUCAGCUCAGCUGACGUGAAGGAACGAUGGCUCUCCACAUUACUGUGGCAUAUCAGUGAAACUAAACGGAAUGAAUAUCUGAAGACUCUAGCCCUUCAGAUCUUUGUGCAGGACGCCGAUAACUGUUCUUCUACUACCACAGUCAGAGUGUCCAAUGUGGAAACUGUAGACAGUGUGAUCAAGAAGACACUUGAACAGCUUGGAUUUCCUGGUAGAACAAAUGACCACCACCUCUGGGUGAUCUCAGGAAAAGAUGACUCUGCUUACCCUCUCAUUGGGCAUGAGCAUCCCUUCAGCAUCGCGUUGAACUGUCUCCAAAACUCUGUCGACCAGCAACAAGGAACCAACAAUAACAACCUCCUGGCUGAUGGGACAGAGGCUUCCCUCCUUGAUCAGCUCCCGAAGGAAAAACAGUGCCAGUUUGUCCUGAAGCCUAGGCUCCAAGCUUCAAUGCAGCUGCGUAGAGAAUCAUUGCAGAAACACACCAAGAGGAAGAAGUCCUUGAUUGACUGGGCCCUGCGCCGCAGUUCCAGUACGCCCACAGGCAGUCCUCCUUCCCAGUCACCUACCACCCCACGGAAACUCUUUGGCCUGUCUCUCUCCUCUGUCUGUCCAGAUGGGAUCCUUCCCAAGCCGAUCAUGGAUAUGCUGCUCCUGCUGUACCAUGAAGGUCCCUCUACCAGGGGCAUUUUCAGACGCUCUGCCAAUGCUAAGACUUGCAAGGAACUGAAAGAGAAACUGAACUCUGGAGAUGAUGUCCAUGUGGAUGGAGAGUCAGUCUUUGUUGCUGCGGCGAUCAUCACGGAUUUUCUCCGAAAUAUACCUGACAGUGUUCUAUCCUCAGACAUGCACGGACUGUGGAUGGAAGCUGUGGACACAGAAAAUCGGGCACAUAAGAUUGAAACCAUCAAAAGUCUCGUCAAUCAACUCCCAGAGGCCAACCUCCUUUUACUCAGACACCUCUUUGGAGUCCUACAUCACAUUGAGCAGAAUUCGGGCGUGAAUCAGAUGAAUGCCUUCAACCUGGCUCUUUGCAUAGCACCCAAUAUGCUAUGGCUACCUAGUCCCACUGGGCCUGAGGAGGAGAGCAAAUCUACAAAGAAGGUGGCCAUGUUAGUGCAAUUCCUGAUUGAAAACUCAGCAGAAAUCUUUGGAGGUGACAUUGCUUCCUUGUUUCAAAGACCAGACAAAAAGAAGUCUAAAAACUCAGAGGACUCCCUAGGAAUAGGCUUGGCUCAGCAUGAUGAUUCCUCCGAUGAGCUGGAGUUUACUGCUUGUGACCCACAAGGACUAAAACACCACCUAGUACCUGAAACAGAUGCCAUUUUUGAACCAUCCAGCAGCUUGUUACUGGAUGAGGAGCAGGAAGACUGGGACUUGUUCAGCGAGAUCACAGCUUGCUACCAAAGCAAAGCUCAGAAGAACGCCAGCGCAGACAGCUAUGACCUCCUGGAAGAAGAGGGCUCCUUCUGCUCCAUCGGCUCAAUACGCUCCCUCAGCCCAGCCAGGGACCGAUGCUCAUCAGAGCCCAGUGUCUGCCUCAGCUCCCAGCUUCCUGCCCAGAGCCAUGAGCCAGUGGCCCGUCAAUCCAGCUGCGAUGCCACCAUCAUGCACUGCCAUACCGACUACAUCCACAGGCUCAAGCAACUGCAGGUGGAAAGUCAGAAGUUGAUUGAUGAAGGUCUAAGCCCUGGGGUUAAUAAGGCCAGACAGAACUUCUGGCGAUCACCUCAGACCAGCUCUACAGUGAAGAAGCUCAGCCAUCAGAAAUCCAGUCUGUCCAACAGGUCCAGCUUUUCUAGCCUGUCCUCUACCACCACCUCCCCAUCUGCUUCAUCACUGAGCUCCUUAGACAGUGCUUUCUCCUACUGCUCAGAGUCAUCAGCUAUUAGUCCCACAGAUGUCUCAUCCCUGCCUUUCAUGUUUGGAACGUCUGCCAGGCUUCAUGCUGUGUCCCCCAAGGUUGCCAAGAGGUCCCUGAAAGAGUGGCACAAAUCCCUGACAUCUCCUUUGCCUUCACAUCCCUGUGACCUGGACACUUGCCAUGAGUGUGAACCCAAGGCUGCAGAGAGUGGCCAUUGCUCUGGGGAAAUGAAAAGUUUUGCAUCCAUCAGCAGAGCAGCCACAGGAAGCCUGCUAACUGAUACUGACUGGGAAGAAGAGGAGAGACAGCUGAGGUGUACAGGGGGCUUUGGCCCAGGGCUCAGGGGCCUGGAUUAUUUCAAGGAAUUUGAACAAAAUCCUGAGCAUCCAGCUCCCAGCCCAGCUGGUGAGAAUUCACCACAGCUUAGAUAUCAGCAGCAUAGGGAGAAGGCAGUGAAGCAUGUUGAGAUCAAAAGUGUUGAUGCCUCCCCUCCAAGCCAGGAAAGCCUGAAGCGCACCAAGAUAACUUUUUACAUGGCUCCAAAUAAAGAAAGCUCUUGGAGGUCUCCAGUGGAAGAGGAAGAGGAGAGAUUCCCAGUGAACACCAGCAGCAGUGACUCGGCCAGCAGCAGCAGCAGUGAGCAAAGCCUGGCCAAAAGCUUGCAGACUGUGAGAGUCCAUAUCCCCCAGACAGUUUUCUAUGGGCAGAACACCCCUCUGGUCCUCCAGUCCAUCUCCAGGCGCUACCACCAUGGACCAACAACCCCAAUCCUGAAGACAGAGCAAAAAGCGAGCCCCCAAAGUGCCUCCACUCCCAAGGAACUGGAGACCAAACCAGUGGAAACGGCGCAGGCGCCAAUCCAGAGCAAGGGUUUCAACACAUUCAGCCACACUAUCCGCAUCAUCCUCCCAGCUUCUAUUCGAAACACUGUCAGGGAAUAUUUCAAGCAUGAUGAAACCAAGAACUGCCAUGUGAUGGAGGCAGAAGCAGUGGAGAAUGAACUACUUCGGAGCAGGGUGGAGUGGCUCAGGAACCAGCCACCAACAGAGGUGGCCACAGAGGAGCAUGAUACAGUGGCAUUUGCGGAAGAAACAUUUGUCUAGGGGGGACAGGUGUGGGAGAACUGAAUAUUUUUUUGUGUAUGUGCAGCAGAAAAUAUUCUGUAAGAUAUGACCAAGGUCUGAAGAAUCAGGCUGCAUAGAGCAGUAAGUGUAAAGUGACACUAAUAUGUACGUAAUGUUGGGGUUUAACAGUUGCUUGGGUUUGGGUGGUGUUUUUUGUUUGUUUGUUUUUGUUCUUUAUUUUUUCUUUACACUCUUUUUCUACUGAAGACACUUAAUUGUCUGGGUACUGAGUGGGCUGAAUGCCACCAGACUCUGUCCCUGAAUUAGCUGAUCUAGAGUCUUACUCUGUUUCUUUUUAAAGGGAGAAAGGAGAAACUCUGCUUUGUUUUCUCCAGUUAUUAGUGUGUAUGGAUUACUGCAGAACUGGGGCAGCUAAAACACCAUCAGAAUUAGUUAACUAUCAUCUUUAAGCUUGCACAAAAUUCUCCACUAGUCACUGUUCAUCACCAUCAUUCAUCCAAAGGAAAGCCCUUCACCUCCGUCUCAGAAAUCACCGUUACUUCUCUCUUCUCACUUUCCUUUUGUCCCACAGUGGUCUAGGUUGCUACUUGUGUUCAUUACUGCUUGAGGCUGUGUUCCAGAAACACCAAAUGGAGCCCAAGGCCUAUCUUCCACUGUUAGAAGCUGUCAGUAACCUUUUUACUCCCAAGAUUUCUUUUUUUCCGAUUAAUUAUGCGUUCUCUUUUCUCCUAUCUCUCCCAAAGGUAGCAUUUGGCAGAGCCACAGCUACUACAAAGAACUCUAGCUCAAUCAUUUCCGCAGAGCUAUGAACACUUCUGUGGUCACCCCUGGGAGUAGCUGGUCCUUCUAGUUCUAGGAAGGAUAACAUUAUUUUGAUAAUGGUGAAAUCUCAGAGGCAGUGUGGAUGGAGAUCCUAAUCAAAUCCCUAGUUGGACAAGGGGCGGAAGAGAGAGUGUCGAGUAGGAUUUGGCUUUAGAAAGAAGUCAAGGAGCUGUGGAAGUAGUAGAGAGUGUUGUCAAGUAGAUGUUGAAGCAAAGUCCCAACAAGCCAGAAAGCUGUCAGCCCGUAAAGCUGAGAUUAUCCAGGCUUCAACAGUACUAAUGCUGUCUCAGGGUAGUAAUGAGUUUUCACUCAGCAAAGUACAUGCCCAAUGUGCUCCAGCAGUGUUAGGUAUGGAGAAGUGCCAGGCAGGGAUGUGCUAACGAGGUGGCUGUGUUGCACCCCAGAAGAAAUACAGCCACUGGCCUCCUGGAGCAUCCCUGUGAGUCCACUUAAGGAAGCUCCCCCAAGAGCUUCAGCCAUGAUGGGACUUGCUUGGAGGCUGUUGAUGCUGCUAGCUGAGCUUUAUAAAGAAGCUAAAGCAGACACAUUAGUUUGUUAGAUGCUAAGAAAGCAAUGGGAAAAGUCUCAAAGGUUAAGGAUGUUUCAUUUGACAGUUAUGUGAAAAUUUUCUAAAAGAAGUUGGUUUCUCUCAGAGAGACACCCCUUUUACUCAAUUAACAGUGAGUGAACAGGUGAGGAAGGACGAAAGACAUAUAUGAACUGCAAUGACUGAAAGCUGAUCCUUGUGGAGCAAGUGCCCCCUGCAAGCAGCUGAGUGUCUACCAUAACCAUUCUUGGAGCUGCAAACACCUGCCAUGGUUCAGUAGUCACGUAGGUGGAGAAGCCACCUUUGUAAAAUCGUCCAAUAAAUGCCAGUUGCCUGCACUGAUCUUCCACGUGCCUCUGAUAGUCGGUGGCUGGAAGCUGAGCCAGCACCCCAAAUUCAUGCCACCAAAUGCCCCAUCAGGGGCUGAGGCAGAGCUAGAGAAAAAUCAGAAUUCAAUUUGGUAUAUGCAGUUUUUAACUCACCAACUAUAGCAUUCUCUCCCAACUCACCUUGGUGGCCUUUGUAUGAUGAAAGGUGUAUAUAACUGUGAUACAAACCGCCUGCCAUCAUUUCCCUCACAUAUGGACACUAAAGAAGCAUUCAUGGUCUUUUUUCCAAAGCUGUGGAUGUAACAAUUUCAAUAAAAGGGACACAAGUUUGUUUGUCA